AUGCCCGACAGGAAGUCCGACAAGCACCCCCACCUCGAGAUCCACGUCGCCUCCGACACCCUUUGUCUCAGAGGCACCGGCGUCGAUGUCAACCCCGCCCUCCUCAGCGGGAACGUAGUCCUCCACCUCACGGAGCCGACGUCUAUCAAGGAGAUUACGCUCUCGUUUAGAGGCAAGGCACGUCUCCCCGUCUCCGCCGCCGAGCCACUCGCGCUGAGCUCGUCGCAGCUGACCUACGUCGUCUGCAAUCACGAGUGGUCCUUCCUCGAGGGCGACCGGCACCAUGCACACACCCUCAAGGCCGGCCGCCACCUCUUCCCCUUCCAGCUCCAGAUCGGGGGCUCGCUCCCGUCCUCGAUCUACACCUCGGCCCUCGGCGGCGCGUCGGUCCAGUACAAGCUGCGCGCGCACGCCGUCCGCGGGGGCUUCGGGCUGACCCACCGCGAGAUCACCGCGAACCUGCCGGUGACGAUCAUACGCGGAUUCGGGACGGAGGCGCUCGAGUACCAGCAGACGCUCGAGAUCGAGAACACCUGGCCGGAGAAGCUCAUGUACUCGAUCAUGAUCCCGCACAAGGCGUGGGCCGCGGGCGAACGCCUCACCGCGGUGGUCAAGUUCCAGCCGCUCGUCAAGGGCGCGCGCGUCCUGAGCGUCACGACGACGAUCAACGAGACCGUGAAGCUGUACUCGCGCACGGGCAGCCAGGAGAACACGCGCGUGAUCGCGAGCACGAAGCACGAUAUCGUCGAGGGCAAGGCCGUGUGCGUCGACGAGCAGCAGCACCGCUUCCGCGUGCCGCUCCUGCACGGGCACUCGCAUUUCUCGCGGCACUCGCUCUCGAGCGCGCCGAGCACCCCGGCGCUCACGCCUGGGCUGUUGCAGGCCCACCACCCCAGCAAUGCGACGAGCACGUCGUACUUCCCGCCUAUCUCGGCGUCUAGCUCGACGCCACAUUCGCCCACACACACGCCGCUGGAGUUGGCGCCCCUCACCACGACCACGACCAACUCGUCGUCAUCCAGUGGUAGCGGGGCCGUACGCUCGGGUCCUCAGACAAGUCCCGAGGUGUCAGCACUACCGUCGACGAAUGCAAGUGUGGUCGAUCUGCCGCCACAGGCUGGGUCCUCAGCCGAUGCGGAUGAGCAGGCAACGGACGUGGUCACGACGCUCAACAUCACGGUGCCCCUAUAUGCGACGUCCAGCCAUUCAUUAGAGCCGAUCCAGGUAUCCCACCGGGUGCGAUGGUCCAUCCUCAUCGGCAAUUUCGACGGUCACACGUCCGAGCUGCGCUGCUCGCUGCCUGUCCACGUCCUCGAUCAUCGCCUUGCAGACGAAGCACGCGUGGCAACCCUCGCAACUCGCAGGCUCCUGCUGGAGGGCACCGACGUCGAAGGUGGUCAGGCUGUGCUUACUGAGGGCGAUGGCGAAGAUGCGGAGGCUCUACCCUCCUACCCUUCGCACGUCCGUGACCGUGUCGCGAACGCGUACCUCCCCGAUUCCGCUGUCAUGCGCGUCGCCAACUCCUGGGUCGUCAACGGCAUCAGUCCAACGAUCCCCGACCGAAAUAGCCAAGUUCCUCCCUUCUCUGAGUCGUCAAGUGGCGCACAGAGCCCUGCUGCGUGGGAGACAUGGCCGGUUGGCCCUGGGCUCGUACGUCCCCCUCGGAGCGAACACCUCCCGCACGAACCGCAACCCGGUGCAACACCUCUCGAGUGGGUCAACACGGAGCUGCUGCUCAGUCUUGGCCACGAGGCACCCGAGGCGCCACCAACGUUACCCUUGCAGCGGCCCACUCCUCCCAGCCGCACACCGCCAGAGUCGAUGCAGCCCAGCAGGCACGGAAGCCGCUUCCCCAGCCGACGCCCGAGUCGAUCGGGAAGCCGCGCCCACAGUCGCGCGAACAGCCGAGCAGCAUCACCCGAGCGAGGCGUUUCCGAUGGCUCUACGGACGGGCGGAGCACGAGCGAGAGUGGGGCGAGCGCGCUGUCCACGCAUUCACGAAGCUCGAGCCAGGAGACGUUCGUGCACAGCCACAGCACCGCGAGCCGGAACAUGCACGGGCUGUUCAACAUCGCGAUGAAGCCGUUCACGUCGCUCGGCUCGACGUUCUCGCUCGGCUCGCGCUCGAGCAGCCACGCGAACCUGCAGGCGCUGCACGCGCAGCAGCAGCAGCACGCCGCCGCGUCGAGCGCGUCGAGCCUGCUGCACAGUCCCGGGAGCGCGACGGGCACGAGCACGCCCGCACACGCGCACCCGGAGCAGAUGACGACGCAGCAGAUGCUGCACCACGCGUUCACGCAGGUGCCGGACUACGACAUGGCGAGCCGCGGCUUCCUGGGCGGCGGGAUCACCCCGCUCGAGACGCUCCGCGACCUCCCGUCGUACGAGAGCGUCGCGGCGGCGGACAUCCGUGCGGGGCGCGCCGGCACCCCGGGCGGUACGGGCGCAAGCGCUGGGGGCGCGAUCGGCGUCGGGGAGCGGAGCUUCAGCGACGGGGACUUGGCGAGCAUGUUUGCGGCGCGCGGGGCGGGCAGCACGGUGCACCCAAGAGCGCAUCAUCCGCGGUCGGGGCUGAGCAGGAUGGAGCCGCGCACGAUGGUGGCCCCGGCCACGGCGGCGAUGACGCCUUGAGGGCGACAGGCAGACUGCGUCUGUGCUUGCUGCGUACAUACCCCGAGCUGCUCGUCGUGCCCCGGCUUGAGCUCGAACCCCGACCGCUUCAAGAAUGUAUCAUUAUUCUCUCCUCCCGCCCUCCGCAUCUCCCAUCCGCAUCUCGCCGCCCACGGAAAAGCUACCCCACGCCGCCGUAUAAUCCGCCCUGGCCGCCGCUCUCCCCGUCCCCCAUCCCGACUCGUCUCCAGCAACGCAACGAUAUAGAGCUCGCCGCACCCAGCGCGACCGCAUACAUAAUGACUCCACCCGCAAGAAUACCACACGAAACUCACGAUACGACCGCCACCCCCCCAUAGACAUUCCCCUCACUCGCGAUACUG